AUGGAAUUAAUAGUAAAACAAUUGACUCCUGAUGGAUAUACGCGACCAGUAUGGACCGUUAAUGGUCAAUAUCCAGCUCCGAUAAUUCAAGCAAACUAUGGAGAUAGGCUUCUCAUCAACGUCACCAAUAAAUUUGGAGACCCGGCCACUGUUCAUUGGCACGGUAUAUUUCAGAAGGACACAAAUUUUUACGAUGGACCUGUGGGCAUAACACAAUGUCCGAUCCCUAAUGGAGUUUCAUUUCUUUACAAUUUCACUCUUAAUCAAUACGGCACAUAUUGGUAUCAUUCCCACAUUACUGGUCAAAUUAUUGACGAUUGGUACCACGCUCCAUCUGGUAUUAUCCUUCCAUUAUUUCGUACACCUGGCUAUAAAGGAUUUGAACCAGUUCCUGAUUCUGGUGAAAUUAGUGGCUUAGGACAAUAUGAUUGUAAUGCUGCUCCAAAAAAUUCUAAAUGUAAUCCGAAUAACAAAGUCGCCACAUAUGUUGUUCAAAAGGGUAAAAAAUAUAGAUUUAGAAUUAUAAACAUGAGCACAUUAUCUCACUUCAUUCUUUCGAUUGAUGAACAUCCUGUCACGGUUAUUGCAGCUGAUGGUGAUUUAAUAAAACCUGUUACUCUAAACACCUUACCAAUUCAUAUUGCACAACGAUAUGAUGUAAUACUUAAUGCUAAUAAACCAAUAGAUAAUUAUCAGAUACGUGUAAAACUAUCGACUUGCUCAAGGAUAGAUAAUAAUACUAUAAAUUAUAACAAUUCAUUAAAUUAUAAUAUUGUGGGAAUUUUAAAAUACGAAGGCGCCAAAGAUAACCUUCCAACUUCGAAAGCUUAUCCAUUGAACAAAACAGAAGAAUGUAGAGAUAUUAAUGCAAACUUAUUAAAACCAUAUUACGAGAAAAAA